CGCUGGCAGCCCCAGGGCGCGAAGCGGCCCAGCCAGACCCCCGCCCUCCGCCGCGGCCCGGGCGCUGGCGGGAGGCGCGGCCCGGGCUGCGCGGCCGCCAAUCGCGGCGGCGAGGCGGGCACGGCCGCGGCGGCUAUAAGAGGGGCCGCGGGGACCGAACGCCGUCGGGUCAGGGAGACGGAGGAGGCUCAGAGAGCUCUUACCGAGAUCCGCCAGCAUGAACCCGCGUCUGACCGCGCUGUGCCUCUGCCUGGGGCUGGCCUGGGGCGCUCCCAGGGCAGAUCCCGAGCUGGACGGGCACUGGCAGCUCUGGAAGUCGUGGCACAACAAGGACUACCAUGAGAGAGAGGAAAGCUGGAGGAGAGUGGUGUGGGAGAAAAAUCUGAAAAUGAUUGAACUUCAUAAUCUGGACCACACGUUAGGAAAACACAGCUACAAGUUGGGAAUGAAUCAGUUUGGUGACAUGACGACUGAGGAGUUCAGACAGCUGAUGAAUGGCUAUGCGCACAAGAAGUCAGAAAGGAAAUACAGAGGAUCCCAGUUUCUUGAGCCCAGCUUCCUGGAAGCACCACGAUCAGUAGACUGGAGAGAGAAGGGAUAUGUAACUCCAGUUAAAGACCAGGGUCAGUGUGGCUCAUGCUGGGCUUUCAGCACAACGGGAGCUCUUGAAGGGCAGCACUUCAGAAAAACUGGCAAGCUUGUUUCACUGAGUGAACAGAAUUUGGUGGACUGCUCUCGCCCUGAAGGGAAUCAAGGCUGCAAUGGUGGUCUCAUGGACCAGGCAUUCCAGUAUGUGCAGGAUAAUGGGGGAAUUGACUCAGAGGAAUCCUACCCAUACACUGCAAAGGAUGAUGAAGACUGUCGCUACAAGGCAGAGUACAAUGCUGCUAAUGACACUGGCUUUGUUGACAUCCCUCAAGGACAUGAAAGAGCACUCAUGAAAGCAGUGGCAGCUGUGGGUCCUGUGUCAGUUGCUAUUGAUGCAGGUCACUCUUCGUUUCAGUUCUAUCAAUCAGGUAUCUACUAUGAGCCAGACUGCAGCAGCGAAGACCUGGACCAUGGUGUUCUGGUUGUGGGUUAUGGCUUUGAGGGGGAAGAUGUAGAUGGGAAGAAAUACUGGAUUGUUAAGAACAGCUGGGGCGAGAAGUGGGGUGACAAAGGAUAUAUCUACAUGGCCAAGGACAGGAAGAACCACUGUGGAAUAGCAACAGCUGCUAGCUAUCCACUCGUAUAAUUUGAAGACUGAACAUUUCAGUACAAGAUGGGGAUUUAAACUGAAUGACCAAACCGAUGUUCACACAUGUGGUAGAUUUACAUCCUUUAAAAGCCAACUUGAUUUAUUUUUUUUUUUAAACUUCUGAAAUAUGUUUUACAUGUUGGUGACAUGCCACUUGCUUUAAAUUAAUGUAAAUGUUGGUAUGUAAACAGCUUGUAAUAUUGCUACCUUAUGACUGCUUAAUCUAUUAGCUUCUUCUUUGUAUUUUUUCCUUUUUUUUUUAAUUGCAAUGUGCCCAAAGAUUUACUUUUUAAAUAAACACCUAAAUUCUAGCGUGUAUAGA